UCCAGACCUGCAGCACUGGCCAUGAGGGCUCUGGUGACCCUGGCAUCUGUGCUCCUUCUGGGCGCUCAGGCCCAUGGCUGGUCCUACUCAGACGGGGAGCUGAAUGAGUUGAGCUGGCCAGAGGAGUACCCUGAAUGUGGGGGCCAGAGACAGUCACCCAUCAACGUGCAGAGGAGAAGCGUGAAGUUUAACCCACUCUUGAAGCCGCUGAACCUGACGGGCUACGAGAAAGAGGGAGACUUCCCUAUGACAAACAAUGGCCACACAGUGCAGAUCACCUUGCCGCACACCAUGCGCAUGACAGCCUCGGAUGGCACGGUAUUCGCAGCCCAGCAGAUGCACUUUCACUGGGGCGGUGGGUCCUGGGAAGUCAGUGGCUCUGAGCACACUAUUGACGGGAGCCGACGUGUGAUUGAGGUUCACGUCGUUCACUACAAUAUCAGAUACGGGAGCUAUGAUGAAGCCAAGGAUAAACCAGACGGUCUGGCUGUGCUGGCCGCCUUUGCGGAGAUCCAAGAGUAUGCUGAAAACACUUACUACAGCAACUUCAUUUCUGAGUUGGCCAACAUCAAGUAUCCAGGUCAAACCACAGCUCUGAAGGACAGCAGCAUCCAAGUCAUGCUGCCUGUGGACCUCUACCGCUACUACACUUAUGAGGGGUCACUCACCACCCCGCCCUGCACGCAGAACGUCAAGUGGUUUAUACUGGAUGAUUCCAUCAAGUUGUCCAAGAUCCAGGUGUUAAACAUAGAGAAUUCCAUCAAGAAUCACAAAAAUGAGACCUUGCAUGAUGGCUACCGCAGGACCCAGCCUCUGCACGGCAGAAGAGUGGAAGCCAACUUCCCGUACUUCGCUAAUCACUAUGCUCAGUGCCAGUAUUACCUAAAAACUAUUGAUGACACGCUUGGUUACUUGACAAAAUCUUUGGGACUGAAGAAAAGUAAGAAGAAAAACCACAACUAACGAGCUGGAAGUUGUGAACUGGCCCUGUGGACUCACCCUGCCCCGUUGCUAAGGAAUCCUGGGAUUCUGAUCACAUGACUCUGACCUGGUGAAUUUCUGAGUAGACCAGGGGGAACCACCAUCCAUGGAAGGGUAAUUGCGAAGGCUGAGACAAGUGGCAUUUCCAGUGGGAAUCAUCUGGGAUGGACAUACAAAGGAAUCCUGCCAUGACUAACAUCCUGUCAAUCAUUCACUUAAAUUCCGGAGCUGAGGCUGUGUGGCCCAGUGGUAGAGUGCCUGCUUAGCAUGCACCGGGCCCUGGUUCAACCUCAGCUCUGCAAAACAAAUCAAUCUCUUGGAUCUAAGAAA